UUUCUCAGCGAUCUUUUGACACAAAAUGUUUGUCUUGUAUUUUAUUAAGUUAUACGCGUUGUUUGCUUUGAUCCAAAGCCAGGCAGUGGACGGAGAGGUGGAUGUGUGGCCUCACCCACAAUACGCCACUUCGAGCCCAGACUUUCUACAAAUAGACUCAACAAAGUUUGUCUUCACUGAUAAAUCUGUGGACAAAUGCGAUCUUCUAAGUCAUGCCAUCACCAGAACUAAGGAAACGGCAUUCAUUCAGAGCUGUUCCAGAACUGGUGUCGACGGCUAUAAACCAUUUCAUCAAAACGUCCGAACUCUUCAGCUCAACGCCAAUUUCAAAGGAGAUUUAAGUGGUAUUGAAAUCGAUGUGAAGUCUUGCGAAAAGUUACCGCAUCUGGAGAUGAAUGAGAAAUACAAUCUUGUAGUCGACGGAAGCGCCCGAACGGCUCGUCUCGAGUCCGACACCAUUUGGGGUGCGAUCAGAGGAUUGGAGACAUUCUCUCAAUUGGUCUCAAAUGUCGGACAAAAUCAGUUCGUUAUCAAUGAAACAGAUAUCAGAGAUUUCCCCCGAUUUGCAUACAGAGGUAUAUUAGUGGACACUUCCAGACACUAUAUACCAGUGAAUGUCUUGUAUGAAAAUUUGAAUGCAAUGGCCUAUAAUAAACUCAAUGUCUUUCACUGGCAUAUUGUUGACGAGCAGUCAUUUCCAUAUGUGAGCAAAAGAUUUCCCGAUUUGAGUCUUAAGGGCGCCUAUAAUCCCGAAACACAUGUCUAUUCACCACAAGAUGUCCAGAAUGUGAUUGAAUACGGGAGACAACGAGGUAUUAGAGUAUUGGUUGAAUUCGAUACU